AUGGCUACCAAUUUAGAUCAAGGCAGUCCAAACCACCUGGACACAUUCCUCAUGACCAAUCGUGAUAUCAAGUACGUUCAUUAUGUUAUAGUCACGCUCUUCGGGACCCUCGAAACACAGAUUCUGCCGAUUGCCGGGUGCCAGGAACGAGUUCGCUCGGCAAACGACACACACAGAGUGUCACCUUUUUCCCUAUGGGGAGGUUUCGGCAAUCUCAAGUCCUUCACUGACAAUUUCGGGUACGGUUCAGACCUCUGGCACGCUGAUUGGACGUCUUUGAGGGCAAUGGAUCAGCACAAUGCGUCGGUUUUGUGCAAUGUAUCCGAGGCUGCCGCCCAUCAUCGAGACGUCGACCCAAGCAACCCGUUUCAUCGCUGUCCUCGAAGUGGUCUUCAGCUUGCGCUCCAGAAGGCCAAAGAGCAGCUGAACGUGUCCUUCCUUGUGGGCUUUGAGCUAGAGUUCUAUCUGCUGGAGAAAACGCCCGACGUCGGACAAGGCUGGAAAGCCCCUACAGCAGUGCCAGCCUGCUAUUGGAGCUCACCCAUAUUCCUGCGAGGUGACUUGGGCAUCUGCCUUGCUGCAUGUGUUGACGCCAUCGAGGCUGCGGGCAUCCGGGUUGAGCAUUUCCACGGGAACUUCUCACCCCAGCACUGUGAGAUAGCCCUGUCUCCUCUGCCCGCCCUGGCUUCGACAGAUGCUGUGGUACAGGCCAUAGAGAUCGUGAGAAGAACGGCCGGGCGAAAUGGAUUCCAUGCCACUUUCCACCCAAAGCCUUUCGCCGCGUUCAGCUCCUGCGGCCUGCAUGCUCACAUAUCGAUGGAGCCGCCGGUGGCUAAAGAUAUAUCCGACCAUUUCCUGUCUGGCAUCAUGCGCCGCCUGGAGAUUCUCUGCGGCAUCGGUAUGCCCUUCGAGGCCGCGUCACGCCUCGGCGCGGAGAUGUGUGGAGAAUGGCAAGCAUGGGGCACUGACAACAAAGACGUUCCAGUUCGGAAAAUCCGAGACGGGUACUUCGAGCUACGCUGCAUCGAUUACAUGUCGAAUAUCUACUUGGUCAUUGCUAGCUAUAUUGCUGCGGGUCUUCUAGGCGUCACAGCGAAAGAGCCAUUGGAGCAGAAGGAUUGCCUCGGGUCGCCGUCAUGGCUAACGGACAAGGAACGUCAGGCUCUGGGGAUUGUUAAGCGGCUGCCAUCUACUUCAACAGCUUCCUUGAUCCGGCUAGAAGAAGACCGUAUGGGGCUAGAUGAUGUGAUUGGUACGAAACUGAUGGACUUUUUCCUAAUGGUCAGGAUGACAGACACCAAGGCAGACUGGAAAGAGCUGCAGCUGGUAUUGUAUUGA